AUGGCCACAGCGGCUCUUCUGAACUUGGCACCGUCUCGCCUCUGCUUCCCUUCAAGCACCGCAGCCGCUUUCGCGUGGGCCAGCAUGCACGUCGCCAGGCCAAAAUCCGCCAAGGGACGCACGAGGCCGAGCUUCAAUUACUCUCAGAGCGUGGAAGCCUGUCCCUGCCGGGUGCCACCUCCCCCGCCACCAGCAGCUCCUCGGGAAUUAGUGAACAGCCGGAGAGCAUCGUCCACAAACCCGGCGUUCCCUGCGGGCCAGGUGUUCCCUGAGGAGAUCCCGGAGCUCCUGCAGCAAGUGCCUUUGAGGACCUCCUCUUCCCUGAACAAGUACAGGGUGCUGCCCUCCAUCGGCUGCAAGGACGUGGGGAGCGGCCAGAUCGGCCGGCUGAAAGUGAGUGAGGGGCAGGAGGCCACUCCGAAAGCCAAACCUCCUUCUGGAGACCAAGGCUCUCCCAGGGUCGUGUCAGAGAGCGAUGUCGCCCCUGAAGAGAGCUCCCGGGUGCGAUGUCCUCCUGAGAAGCCCGGAAGGAAGAUGAGGCAGGAGAGCCCUUCGACGUUGUCUCGAGGUUUGGAAGAGUCGUGCUUGCUGCUCGCUCUUCGGUCCCCCUCUGGGCAGAGGUUUGAGCAUCACUUCAAGCCCACCGACAGUCUCCAGACUGUCCUGGCCGUGGCAGAACAGAAAAUGUCGGCCAAAUACCAACGCUGCAGCCUCGAGACGAUGGAGGUGCCCCGAAGGAGUUUCUCUGACCUGACGAGGUCCCUCCAGGAAUGUGGGAUCCUCCACAAGUCCGUGCUGUGCAUCCGACACAAGGAGCAGUGCGACGCAGAGCUUUAG